CCUCAACGCCAUACUACCGAUACACAUUACAUAUCACGAAUAAGGUAGUCCAUGCGUAUACCAGCUCCCUUAUACCAGCUCCCUUCCGCCACGCCAAUAACUUACGUCGUACCUGCCCUGCCAGGUCCAACGAUCAAUGGACGAUGCGUGCAGGUACCUUACCUUGAAGACUUCUUCGCAGGGCUCAGACUGGGCUUGAUGUGUUGUUUCGGCGCCUGUAGACACCCGCACAUCUUGCGUCUCCCCCCCUUCCCCCCCGACGGACGCGGCGGGAACGACCUAAAGCAGGUCCGGCUACAGUGGGCAAGCACCUGCCGUCAUUCCGGCUUACGGGGAAGCUUGGGCCCUUUUGGGGGCGUUCGUUUUACCCACAGUGACCUCAAGGUCCAUCUCCCUUCCACUCUCUCUGACCUAACCCCCUCUCCCAAAACAAGGCUCGCUCCACUCCGAUCCACCGUCGCUGUGGUUGCCCUUUUCUUCCCUUUCCGUGUUGUCUGUUGUCUUUCCUUAACCUCACUCCCAUCCGCCCCGUACAUCUUUUUUUUCUUCUUCCUCUCCGCUGCGAAUUCCCUUUACCUUGCACUUGCAGCAGUCUCCCUUUGGUGCUCAUCUUCCUCAUCGGACCUUUUUUCUUUCUUAUCCGGGGAAGUUUGGAGGCAUUGAAGCUCGGGUGGAAGGUAUUUUGCAGUAGGGGUUUUCCUUUCUUUGUCUUCUUGUUAGCAUCUUUUUUUUUCUCUCCUGGACUUCUUUUCCGAGGUAUCCUGUCUCGUCCUUUCAUCUCGAGUCUCUUUCCUCCCUCGAUUCCGAUUCCGACCCCCCGACCCUUA